GCUGUAGGUAACAAAUGUACGCUAAGAUGGCAGACAAAUGACGUGCUUUAACAGACCCUCCGCACUACUACGUAUAGGUAUACAACUGCCACGGAUUGCGAGUCCGAUCCCGGAAUAGCUGCGUCACAACAUCCGCUGGAGGACGUCUUUCCACUCGGAUUCACCAUAAAUAGCCAAGAGGAAAAGGAAUAACUAGGAGAGAGAAAGACAGUCACGAUUCAGGCGAUUCAGACGAUAGGAAAAUCACCAGCAAGCGACGACAUCAUUGAAGUGGAGGCUGGCUCGUGAACAGUCUCCGAGGGUAAAACGCGCCAGAAUUGAGAGGCAUCUGAUAGGGUAAUAGUAACUUAAAUGGGCCGUGGUGGUUUUCAAUCCUGUUCUAGAUUUCUACUUGGAAAGAAAUUGGUCAUUUUUUCUAAAGUCCAACCUCACCCAGUCGUAUACCGCAGAUUCCACAUUCCCAUGGCUGCACAACUUCCGGCCAAGCUAAAGCCCGCUGCCAGGGUCGCCGGUCAGAGACAGGAUGUUUGGUCCAUUAUCAACGAGGCCGCAGCGGCUUCUCCUGUUCAGCCCAUCGUGAAUAUGGGCCAGGGUUUCUUCGGCUACAACCCGCCUAAUUUCAUCAUCAACGCUGCAAAAUCGGCUCUAGACCGUGUCGACUGCAACCAGUACAGCCCUACUAAGGGCCGCCCACGACUAAAGAAGGCCAUAUCUGAAGCCUAUUCGCCGUUUUGGGGACGCAAGCUUAACCCCGACACCGAGAUCACUAUCACGACCGGUGCCAAUGAGGGCAUGCUCAGCGCCUUUAUGGCGUUUAUUGAGCCGGGCGACGAGGUCAUUAUCUUUGAGCCCUUUUUUGACCAAUAUAUCAGCAAUAUCGAGAUGCCUGGCGGCAAGAUCGUUUAUGUGCCCCUAAGUCCUCCCAAAGAUGGGGCGUCACGGACAUCGUCAUCAGCUGAAUGGGCGGUCGACUUCGAGAAGUUGGAGCAAGCCAUCACGCCCAAGACGAAAAUGAUCGUCAUCAACACACCUCACAAUCCUGUUGGCAAGGUAUUCUCCAAGGAGGAGCUGCAGCGCAUAGGAGACCUCUGCGUCAAGAAUGAGAUCAUCAUUCUCUCCGAUGAGGUCUACGACAGGCUUUACUAUGUACCGUUUACAAGAAUUGCGACGCUCUCACCCGAGAUUGAGAGUCUAACGCUUACCGUUGGAUCUGCGGGCAAGAACUUUUACGCUACAGGAUGGCGUGUUGGUUGGUUGAUGGGACCUGCGCGUCUGAUUCAAUACGUGUCCGCGGCUCACACCCGCAUCUGCUAUUCCUCAGUUUCGCCCUUACAAGAAGCCUGCGCCGUUGGUUUUGAACAGGCUGACUCAGAAGGAUUCUGGGACGAGACGGUCAAGGAUAUGACGGCGAAGAUUAAACGCUUCAACGCCAUUUGGGAUGAGUUAGGACUCCCUUACACAGACCCUGAGGGCGGGUACUUUGUCAUGGUAAAUAUGGCAAAGGUCAAGCUACCAGAAGGCUAUCCAUUCCCACCUCACGUCGCAAGUCGUCCGCGAGAUUUCAAGCUCGCGUGGUUUUUGAUCCACGAGGUCGGUGUCGCGGCUAUCCCCCCUACCGAAUUCUACACCGAUCCCAAUACUUGGAUUGCUGAGGACUAUAUGCGUUUCGCCGUAUGCAAGGAAGAUGACGUUUUAGAGACGGCAAAGGAAAGACUGAGAGGCCUGAAGAAAUAUAUACAAGGUUAGGCCUAAGCUAUUGUGGCUUGGUGGUGGUUGGGGAUUAGACGAUAUAAAGAGUAGACGUUGCAAGUCGUAUAGAAAUAAAUCUUUGCAAGUGAGAACAUGUAACCUUAAUGUCUAUCUAGUGAAUGCUUAUCUACACUGCUCAUGGUACGUUGCAACU